AUGAGGGCCUCAUACAAGACAGUCUUAACUGUACUUCCAUUCUACGCCACUACUGCUAUCGCAGAUCGAUAUGCUAGCAACAUACGACCGGUGAUUGUUGAUGCACCACAGGUGGCGGCCAACUUCCCCGACGUCGAUGGCAUUCAACUGUUGUCGCCUGCUUUCAUAAAUCCGGAGAACGUGCCAGCGACAUUCGCGAACGGCACCUCCGGACCCACUCCACAGCAUGAUCUAGAGAGCUUCGUGAAAGGCCUCACCCAGCGAAACGGAUGGAUCACCUACAAUAACGACCUGAGAUCCGAGGAAGAUCGCGUGAUACCGUACGUUACAUUGACAAACGGCAAGAAAAGCAGUGAGAAACUACGUGUCUGGAUUCAAGGAGGCCAACAUGGGAACGAGCCUGCAGGCGACGAGGGCGUGCUUGCAUUGCUUGGGAAGUUCGCGCAAGACUCUCAAUGGAGUGCCAAGGUCCUUGAGAAAAUCGACCUUACGAUCAUCCCGCGUUACAACGUCGAUGGCGUCGAGUACCUACAGCGACAAUUGGCUUCCAACUACGAUCCCAACCGCGACCAUGCAGUGCUCGAGCGACAGCAGACACGUGCCAUCAGAAAGCUGCAGUCUGGAUUCGACCCUCACAUCUUCAUCGAUGACCACGAGUACACAGGCGGCAACUUGGUAGCGGAAAGGUACAUUCGCGCGCAGGAUCUUUUAGUGUCCGCCAACAAGAACCAGAACGUCAAUCCCAGUAUCCGAGCGUUGAACCAGGUAUUUGUCGACGACAUCUUCGCAGUCGCUGAGAGUAAGAACCUGCGUAUCUUUCCAUACUUCACCACCAGUGUCGCAAAUGGCACGAUAACGAUCGAAGAGCCGGAUGCGCUUGCUGCGGCGAAUCACAAGGGUGCUGGAAGUUAUCAGGCCCUGACCUUUCUCGUUGAAACGCGUGGCAUUGCUAUCGCGGAUCAGCACUUCCAGCGACGUGUAGCUUCGCAUGUUAUCGUUCUGGAAACGAUUCUCAAUAAAGCAGUGGAUGAGUUUGACGACGUAUACAGCGCCAUCGAAUCCGGACGUAAAGCGUUCAUCGACAGCAAAGACGAGAUCGUAGUAACCUACAAACAGCGCAUCACCAACAAGACAGUCCCUUUUAUCGACGCAUCAACCGGCUCACUCGUAUCAGUACCCGUCCGUUCCCGAAACAGCGAUCCCUCCAUCGUCACCCUCUCGCGUCCCCGCCCAAAAGCCUACGUCUUCUCACGUGCCUGGGCUGAUGUAGCCGAGCGUCUCCGCAUCCUCGGUGUCACCGUCGACGUCUUGGAAGAAGACUUUGUCGGAACUGUCGAAGCGCUCGUAGUAACAAAGGCUGAACUUGCUGAAACGAAAUUCGAAGGCAUUGCCGGUACCACAGUCACGACUAACGCGACGCAGCGAGAAGUCACGAUACCGGCUGGCGGCUUCUAUGUUGACACCAAGCAAAAGAAUGCCGGAUAUGCGUUUACGCUGUUGGAACCAGAGGGGGAGGCGAGUCAAGUGUAUUACAACAAGAUCCCACUGGAGGUUGGGGAUGAAUAUCCCGUAUUCAGGGUUCUGUAA